UCCACCAGUCAGUUUGAUACAAGCUGUUGUAGGGAGAACAUGGCUUUACUUAAUACGUGUCUUGCUGACAUCCUGAUCUCUCCACACAGUGAAAAUGACGGCCUUGAGAAUUUUUUAGAUGAACUUUUGAGGAGUAGUAGUUUACUUACUGCAACAAAAGCUGGAGCUAAUUGUACACAAAGACUGAAUAAUAUGGAUGAUAGUGAUAGUGAAGCAACAGAGCAGAAUUUGAAUGCUCUCUUGCCAUCUAGUGACAGUGAAAGUAACUGGUCAGCUUAUGAAAGUGACCAAGAUAAUGUUCACUUAAACAGUGACUGGGAUGUCACCGAUGACAUUUUAUCUGAUCUUGGACUCCUUCCAGAAACAGACAUUCUUGAAAAUGCACUCAUUGAAUCACACAUUCCCACAUUUUUUGAUGAGGAAGAGCCACCAAAGACAAAAUCACAAGAUGUAGUGCAUGAUCAUGAUUAUUUUGCCCAGAAAUCCCCGAGUGCCACCAGUGACAGUGGAAUAUCCAGUAACGGGGCAUACUCCCCCCACAGCAUGAGUGAAGAUCACCUUCAACACAGCCCCAGAGAAAGCUCCCUCUCAGGGUCACCUCGCAGCCAAUCAAAUCUUGACAUUCAAAUCAAUUCAGCCAAUGAAAAUCUUGGUGAUACCACCCCCAUUACUCUGGAGAAUUUUGACUUCAAAAACUUUGAUAUGAGCACCAUUGAUGCUGGUGCCUUUCUUGGGGAUACAGACUUUUUAUCUCUCAGUGAUGGAACACAAGACUCAGAUGUGACAAUCAAUGUAAUGGACACAGAUUUAAUGGAGGAUACAGUCACGAGUUCUAGCCAGACCCCCACAGGAAGCUCAACUAAAAUGACCAAAAUCAUCAAAGUGUGCACCACCAAGAACGACACGUUGCCCUUCACCAUGAAGGACGUGUCAUGUGUCACCUCCUCAUCAAAGUUCCCGGAGUUGCUGUUGACAGAUGAGGAGAGGGAGUUGUUAUACAAAGAGGGGGUGACACUCCCCACUAACAUGCCCCUCACAAAGGAGGAGGAGAGGGUCCUGAAAGCCGUCCGACGAAAAAUCAGAAACAAGGCAUCAGCCAAAGAGAGUCGCAAAAGGAAGAUGACGUAUGUAGAGGGGCUGGAGAAGAGAGUUAAACUGUCAACGACUGAGAACAAUCAGCUGAAAAAGAAGGUGGACACACUGGAGAAACAAAACUCACAACUCAUACAGCAGCUGAAGAAGCUUCAGGCUUUGGUGCUGUCUAAAACCAAACCACAGGCUAGCACCUGUCUGGUGGUCCUCAUCAUGUCCUUUGCAUUCCUCAUUGUCCCAAACAUUGACCCAUUUGGGAUCAAAAAGGACAAACUCUCAGAUCCGAAAUCCAUCCCUAUUCCUGGAAAAUCCAGAAGUCUACUUCACUCACCAGAUGAAAUGCAGGAUAUUGAUACAGAUCCCUAUGGUCUGACAAUAAAACCUGGCCCCCCUUGGGAAGUUCCACCCAAAACUCCAGUGAUCCCCCUCCCUCCAAAUGUUGUUAUAGAAACUGUUGAUGAGGAAGCAGUUUCUAAACUCGUCGAAAAUACCGAAAACACUGGCCCUCUUAAUACCUCCAUAGAUAAUGUUACAUCACAGAGAGCAAAGGUGAACCAAGACACUCAGGAAUUUACAAAAACUCAGACUCAUCAACAUAGGCAAGAUCUUUGAGAAUCGUGCAGAAAUGAGCAUACUUUACAUUUUGUUAGAUUCCUCAACUCGCACAGGAUCUGUGAGACUCAUGAAAAAAAUGAUCAUACUUGACAUACUGUUAAAACUCAGUCUCAUCAACAAAAACAGGAUGUCUGAGAUUCAUGUAAAAUGACCAUGCUUUACAUGUAGUGCUGUUGUACCUACAGUAUAUACAUUUGUUGAACCGUACAUACAGUAUAUACAUUUGUUGAACCUAGGAAGGAUCGCUUAUUGUUGUUUAGUCCCAUAUAUCCGAAAAGUUUGUGAUCAGUGACUUAAGUUACAUGUGUUUUACUUGCUUAAGAUUUUAUUGUACUUUACAAGUACACAAUAAGAUGUUUAUACUUUUCAGUACAGUGGGUAGUUUUAUAGUCAUAUCCUUGUGUUUCCCAGUGGCUUGUACAAUGAACCAGAUAUUCUGUUUGUUUCGCAAUAAUCGUGAGGCAGUUGUUGUCUUGUAUAUACAUGGAUGUAGGCUGAUGUAGUGUUGGAGAAUAUCAAAAUGAAAAUUAUUCUUUUGUGAAGCAUUUCUUCAUUCAAGUCUUGAUGUACAUAUGUAAACAUCUAAUCAGAAGCUGAAUUCGUGUCGUUUUAGUUAAAACUAUGAACUGGUUCCCAUCAAUAUCAUCCUCUUCACCUGAAAAUUGCACAAAUAUGUAUCGGGGUCCUCUUGUCAGUGCUAUUUCAUUAUCUUGUUUUUUAUCAACCAAAUCAGAUUUAAACCCUAUUUCGCUGAACUCAAUGACAAUUUUGCAAAGCAAUAAUUGAGAGUUCAAAAAUAUCUCUCUGAUUAGAGAGUUACUGGAUUUUUUUUCUCUGUGAUUUUGAUCAGAUUAUUUGGAAGUUUGUUGCAAUGAAUGUUAUUCAGUCAUUUUGCAUGUUACUGUUUUUCAGUGUGAUUACUAAACACAUGUACACUCAUAGUAUUCUGAGACUGUCAUUACACUGUUUUUUUUAAUGACUUUAUUUUUUGAGCUGUUUAAUUUGACCUUGUUGUUUUAUACUUGAUAUGAUCAGAAGAAUGUAGAAUUCUGAUCUUCGAAUAAAAUAUUUCAGAACAAAA